AUGGCGCCAAUGUGUGAAUGAUAAAACAUGACAACAAAAUUUUAUGCGCCUAAUUAUGGAAGUUCGAUUCAUUGACAUUUUAUCGUAAUUUUUCUUUUUUUUAAACUGAUCAUGGCAGAUAAAGAUGAAUAUCGAUCAAAACUGCGCACACCCAAAAAGGAGAGUGAACAAUUUCUAUGGGGUGGCUCAUCUCCUUUAGAUGAGUUUGGGGUGUUCUCUCAGUUUCUGAAUACACCUAGCCCAUCUAAAAGGAAACACUACCCAACACCAGAUGUUCAGCCUGCUGCCAGCCCACAUAAAUCUGGUUAUAUGCUGCGAACGCCAAGUCCUCCCAAAAAAUCUGGCCUGUUUAUGAGUCCUGUAGGGAUGAACAAAAUUAAAGCAGAAUUUACUCGUACACCAAGUCCUCAUAAAGCUGGCACAGGUACAGAUUUGUUUGGCAAUAGAUCACUGUUGGAUAAUUUACCAAUACCAGAAUGGGAUGACAAUUUUCUAGACAAUUUCCAGGAAGAUUUAUUUGGACUGGGAAACGAUGACUUGGAAGGACUGGUUCGCAGUCCACUUAAGAGUCCUAGGCGUGGACAUGCUUUUAUAACCAACAGUCCUUUUAAAAAAUGUUCACCCAGUGUGAGUCCAUUUAAGAGCCCUCUACUGACAUCAAGCCCAAAGCUUCCUGUUGAUAGUCCUAGUUCGUUAUUGAAAACCCCUGGUGUUACCGGUGGCCGGCCACUAACACGGCAGAGGAAACUAUUUUUACAGAGUCCAGAACGCCUCAUGCCAUCAUCCUCCAGCUCUAUAAGCAACUGGCCUACACCACUUCCUUUUGCAUCGUUAGAUGAAACAUCUUCUUCAAUGUUCAGUGAAGGAGCUAAUGAAACCACAACUUCUACCCAAAGUAUAUCGACUUAUUUAAAACAUUUAGACGAUGAGGACAAUGAAGAUUAUACAGUUAUGCCUCCUGUGGGUUGGACUACUUCAGAUAACCUUACUCUUGCCAGCAAGAAGUCAGGUGGCAAAGGAAAGGGGAAAAGUCACCGGCACAAACAUACUAAAGCUGUUGUAACUUCUGCUGCACCAAGUUCUUGCUCAUCCCAAGCCAGUCACAGUAACCUGCCUACAUCUUCCAGUGUUUUAAAUACCUCUGGCUCCAAAAAGUUAAAAGUCGAACCACAGUUUACAUUAUUACGACCACAUACAGAGCUUCACAAUAACCAGAUCUGCUUAAGAAUGACCCCUCGUACACCUCCAAAUAAAAUAAAAAUCUCAAGAGACUUUUCACAGAUUCAGACUCUUCCUUCCAAAGAACAAUUGCGCAUUGUUCGCAACAGAUUUCGUGAGACUCUCAGCAAAGCCCUUGAGCAGGUGCUGGAAAAAGAACAGCAAAAGGCAAAUGAAGAGCAAGUGGUUAAUGAUCCAGCUCUUCGUAGUGCCCUGCAAAAGCCAGUUGUAACUCAAUCUAUCCCAGUGAAUUUAGCUUUUAACUAUAAUAUUCAUGGUCAUGCUGCCAAAAAACCACUUCCUAAGCGCAAGAAAAAAUAAAUUUCUAUUUUUAAACAUAAUCAGCUGUUCUCCUGCAAACAUUUUAAUAAACCAGACUAGCUGCAUUAGUUGCCUGUUUUAGAAGACUUCUCAGGUAACGCCCUAAAGAACAUUUUAACUAUCCAUACAAAUAUCUUGCAUAUAAUGUUGUUAAGAGAGAUGUACAAAUUUUGAAAGCUAAUCCUAACAAAGUAUAACACAGAUAGCUACACUGCUUAUUGUUGUAUGACAUGAUUGUCAGAACAACCAUUUGUUCCACAUUGUGUUCAAGCCAAGCUCUUUCUGGAAAUGACAAUCAAUAUGACUAAAAGAAAUAAGUUGAAUUCUAUUGUCAGAACAUUUGUUUAAAUAGAUUACGUCAUUUAAACUCUUGGAGUCUAUUGUAAUAACGUUAUGUCUCUUUAAUUACUACAAGGUGUCAUCCAUUUGAUAUCAAUAUAGAUGGGUGUUUGGGUUCUUGCUGGUGUUAUUAAAUAAAAUCUAACAUUUAACAGCUUACUGUUGAUUAAAUUACAGUAUCUAGACGGAUGACCCCCAAAUUAUUUUUUUGAAACUGUUUUCUUAAAGAGACAACCUUAAACUAUUGUGCUAACAAUACUAAUGAUGAUCUUACUGUUACGUGAAUUUAAUGAUUAUUUAUUGAUUUCCUAUUGCCAUAUUUUUGUUUUCUUACAUUCUGUACACCACACUACUUUGGCUAACGCUUCUUUAACUAAAGAAUUGAGAGCCCUUUUAUUAUGAUUUUAAUUUGGCUAAUUUAUUAUCAUUCAGCUUUCACAACUUUAUGUACAGUAUUUAAAAGUACCCACCGAAAUGUAAAAAGCCAUUAACAAGUGUUUUUUGUUUCUCAUAGAGUUAAUACUUGUCUGAAUUUUUAAUUCAUAAGCAAAUAUGCUUUUUUUUUUAUCUAUAGUCUUAUCUGUGAAUAAAAUUGAACAUGGUUUCUAAUUAGAUUUUUGGCAUUUUGUUAAUUAUGUUCCUGAAUACUAAAUAACCCUGUUGGAGACUGGUAUAAAAAUAAAAUGCCUAUUCACAGUGGGAGAACAGCCCUCAGGAUUGAAAGUUGCUUGUCAAAGUGAACAAAUGAAAAUUUAUAGAGUCUAAUAGUGGGAAAUAGUAUUUCAUUUUUAGAAAAUUAUUUUUGUUUCUGUAUCUUUCAAAAGCCUAUUGAACUAUUGCCUUUUAUAAAUAUAAAAUCUAUGGACUAGUAGAACUAGUAUUUAUUUUUUUUAAAUAAUAAAAGUAGGUUAAUUUUUAAGAGCUGUUUAAUAUUCAGAUAUCUACUAGUAUUAACCUGAAGUUUUAUUUAUUUAUUUUUGCAAAAUGGAACAAACCUUGUGUGUAAAUAAUUUUUUAAUUAUUAUUUUCUUGUUCAUUUUUUAAAUGUAUAUUAUAAUUUAGUGAAUGGAGCAGAAAAGCAUUCUUAUGGAUAAAAGUAUUUUAUGUUUAUAUUUUUUCUGACUUAGGCCUUUCAUCAAAGGUCAAAAUUAAGUUUUUUUUGUUUUGCUUUAAAUUUAUUUAUUGAAAUCUCAGUGUAGUUAAAUGGUUCCUGCUAUGUAGUUUAAAUUUUAUGGAGCUAGUUAGUACAAUAUUAUAUAAUAGUAAUAAAUAGCUAUAAUAUUUACAUCCUUAUUGUUAAAAACACUUGGCUUAAGGUUAUCAUUAAAUGUCACUCGUACGGGGGUGCAAAACAGUUAAACUUGCUGUGGUUUGGAGAGAAGGGCGCAAGUGAACAUUUGAUUGAAUUGUCAUUUAAUGGUUCACCCCUUACUUUUUAAAUAUUCGAAUCUGAGCAGGUAAUUUUAAAUUGAAUGUUUAAAGCUAUUAAAUAUUCUCAGCUUGUUAUUGUUAGAUUCAAAAUUAGUCAGAUAAACCUUUUUUUCUUUUGUUGGGUAAAAUAAAUGGUAUUCACGAGAUCUGAUCAAAGUCGUCAUAAACAAAAAAAAAUAAUAGAAUGUAUUUUAGUUGUAGGCUUACAUUAAAUGUUUUAAACUUCUUUUAGUCCGCAAAGGUGUAAUCAAAAAUUGAAAUGGUUUGCAGGUUUUAUAACAAUAAGAAAAUUAAGACCUAGUUAUCAGUCUUCUUGCCAUUUGUGUUGGGUAAUGAAUCUGAUAAUUAUGCUCUUUUUAAAAAAAAACAACAAGCAAUUGAAUGAUUGUUAGGGUUGUGAGUAUGUGCCUUAACAUUUGUCAGUAAUGUCACUGGAAUUAAAAAUCUCAGCCUAAUUAGUUUUUUGUUUCUUGUUAUU